CAAAAAAAAACCGUGGGGGGGAGUCGUGGGGGGGGUCCUGCAAACAUCUUAUAAACCGGAUUGCACUGAGAGGAGAAAAAAAAAAAGAUACAAAAUAUACAAGCAAAAGGCAACAGACCCCCGGUCUCCAGCAGUCGCCCACCCUCCCCGUCCUUCUCUCCUGCUGGCCAUCUGCCUCGGGUUUUCCUUUGUGUCUGAGCUUUUACUACUGAACCGAGUGCAGGAGGAGGGUGCAACACACACAGGGACUAUGCCCAGCUCGCUUUUUGCAGACAUGGAGAGGAACGGGAGCGGCGGCGGCGGCGGCGGUGGUGGUGGUGGUGGAGGGGGAGAGACCCUGGAUGAACAAAGAGCCCUUCAGAUCGCCCUGGAUCAGCUCUCCCUGCUGGGGCUGGACAACGACGAGACGGGCUCCAUUUACGACAGCGAGCCGCGGAAAAAGAGCGUGAACAUGACUGAAUGCGUCCCGGUGCCCAGCUCGGAGCAUGUCGCUGAGAUAGUGGGGAGACAAGGUUGUAAAAUCAAAGCUCUGCGGGCAAAGACCAACACCUACAUCAAGACCCCGGUUCGCGGGGAGGAGCCGCUCUUUGUUGUGACGGGCAGAAAGGAAGAUGUGGCCAUGGCCCGCAGGGAGAUCAUCUCGGCGGCCGAGCACUUCUCCAUGAUCCGAGCCUCGCGGAACAAGAACACGGCCCUGAACGGCACCGUCCCCGGCCCCCCGAACUUGCCCGGCCAAACCACCAUCCAGGUGCGGGUGCCUUAUCGCGUGGUGGGCUUGGUCGUGGGGCCCAAGGGGGCCACGAUCAAGCGCAUCCAGCAGCAGACGCACACCUACAUCGUGACCCCGAGCCGGGACAAGGAGCCGGUCUUCGAGGUGACGGGCAUGCCCGAGAACGUGGACCGCGCCCGGGAGGAGAUCGAGGCGCACAUCGCCAUGCGCACCGGCGGCAUCAUCGAGCUCACGGACGAGAACGACUUCCACGCCAACGGCACGGACGUGGGCUUCGAGCUGAACGGCACGGGCAGCCUCUGGAAUAAGCUGAAUGACCUAGGAGACAAUAUGGCCGUAGCUAAAUUUAAACUGUACGUUAUGACAUGA